UGUCAGGACCGGCCCUGGAUGAACAAGAAUGGGUUCAAGAACAUGAACAAUUGAGAUUUCUUUUGCCUUUUUGCUGGGUUUGAGAAGAUGAACAUGAAGAAAUAUUAGGUUCAUACUUAUCGGAUUGGGAUUUUUUUUUUUUUUUUUGAGAAUAUAUUGGAUUGAUCUUGGUUAAUAGAAAAAGCAAAAAAAAAUAAUCAUCUUUUAUUUUCAAUAUAAUAAAUUAUUAUGUUUUUAUUUUCAAUUUUAAAUUUAUUCAUUUAAGAUUUGAUGGAGUGGAAAAGUUUUUUUUGCCCUCAUUUUCGGCCUUACAUGCGUCAGACGUGACUCGAACUGACGGAGCCGUGACAGAAAGUUGAUGUAGGUAUUACGUUGACAAGAAAAUAUAAGUCUAGGUAUCACAUUGAUACGUUUGAAAGUUCAGGUAUCAUUUUGACAGUCCUCAGAGUCUCCAGACACUGUUCGUGCAUUUUUCCCUUUAGGAUUUGAUGGAGUGGAAAAGUCUUUUUUGCCCUCAUUUUCGGCCUCACAUGCGUCACACGUGACUCGAACUGACGGAGCCGUAACGGAAAGUUGAUGUAGGUACUACGUUGACAAGAAAAUAUAAGUCCAGGUAUCACAUUGAUACGUUUUAAAGUUCAGGUAUCAUUUUGACAGUCCUCAGAGUCUCCAGACACUGAUUUUUCUCAAAAAAGUUAUAUCCGAACCUCAAAACAAUACUGUAGCAUCUGUAUCCACUCCUAGUGACCAAUCCAAGAAUCAAUUCCGUCGUAUAUAUCCGCUGCAAAAACUCAGAUAGAGAGAGAGAACAAAAUCAAUUUGGUUCCCCAAUCCAUGGCCACAGCGUCAGCAAAACCCAAAGCUCCUCCUCCUCCUCCUCCCGCCGCGUGUUCCAUUUCAAAGCCAUUCAUCUCCGCAAAGCUUGUUCACUCGUCGCAAAUCGCAAUCCUCUUUGAUAGUUGUAACGCUGCGUCUUUUUUUUUUGUAUUGAGCAUUGUGUUGUUUCGUGUGAUUCUUGAACCAAACAGGCGGUGCGGUGUGCUUCUAAGGCUGAGCCGCUCGGAGUUAUGCCUGCUUCGGGUAAAGGAACGCAAUGCGAGCUCAUUACUCAGAAAGGGAGUUUGCAAAUCUUGGGAAUUUAAAUCCCUUUUUCAAGUCCCACCACUCCAACAAUAUUUGUAUGAUUUGGUACAUGUCGCUGCUGGAGAUUUACUUAGAGCGGAAAUUGCAUCUGGGAGUGAAAAUGGGAAGCGUGCAAGGGCCUACAUGGACAAAGGACAAUUGGUGCCAGAUGAAAUAGUUGUCAUGGUAGGGAAAUUAUAUUCAUGUUGGCUUAUCGUCAUGCUACUGGUGAUUCUGUGCUGUUAAUCAUGUAGAUGGUGAAAGAGCGUCUAUUACAGCCAGAUUCUCGAGAAAAAGGCUGGCUCUUGGAUGGAUAACCCCCUAGGAGCUCAUCGCAACCAAUUGCUCUUAAGGAAUUCGGCUUCGAGCCGGAUCUUUUCAUUCUUCU